AUGUCAACGACAACAGUUGAGCUAGCUUCACGAGGACAACAAGAGUCACAGAGCUCAGUCCAAACAUUUGGACCGAUUGCUGAGGAUGUAAUCGUUCAAGCAAAGCAAAAAUGGAACGACCCUCCCAUCAACAAAUGGCGCCUUUUAGCUACAUUCGCCAGUUUCGCGGUUGUAGGAGCCAGCGAUGGCGUCUACGGAGCACUCGUCCCAUAUCUUCGCGAAGACUAUAAGCUGUCUACCACGGUGGUCUCUUUGAUUUUCGUGACCCCGUUUGCCGGAUACACGAUUGCAACCCUCAUUGUCAACAAGAUCCACAUGACAUUUGGACAGCGAGGUAUUGCGAUUAUCGGUCCCCUAUGCCAUAUCAUCCCGUUCGUGAUUAUGGCCAUCCACCCGCCCUGGCCGGCAAUGUUGGCUGUCUACGUGAUUGUUGGCUUGGGGAAUGGCCUCAUCGACGCUGCAUGGAACUCCUGGAUUGCUGACAUGGUUAAUGCCAACACUAUGAUGGGGUUCCUCGGGGCAUUCUAUGGGGUCGGGGCAACCCUGAGCCCAACAAUCGCGACUCAGAUGAUCAAGUCCGGCCUACGCUGGAACUAUUUCUAUUAUACACUGCUCGGUGGCUCCGUUUUAGAACUGAUGGCAAGCGUUGCCAUGUUCUGGAAAGAAAACGCGGUUAGCUUCCGAGCCAAAAACCGCAGGAGUCCCGAUAGCAGUGGUGGAAGCAGAACUACAGAGGCCAUGAAAAGUCCCAUUACCUGGCUGAUAGCCAUCUGGCUGUUUGUGUACAUGGGUGUCGAAGUGUCGGUGGGUGGCUGGGUUGUCGAUUUCAUGGUUCAGGCCCGCAACGGAGAGCCAUUCGAGUCCGGUCUGGUUCCCACCGGCUUUUGGGCUGGCGUCACUAUCGGGCGUCUGGUCCUCGGCUUCGUGAACGACUGGUUGGGCAUGUUAUCCCUCUACGAAGCCCUAAUGCACGAUACUGACUGA